AUGAGUGCCGUUAGCCAAGCCCAAGCGGACCGGGUUCUACGCCUCAAAAGCCGAGAACGAGAAGCUCAUGCGUGCUACCCCUGCAAAAAACGGAAAGUCAAAUGCGAUGGAACACAACCAUGCCGUACUUGUCAGAAGCGAAAGCAUCCCGAGAUUUGCACAUACGCCCUUCCACAGAGGCGCAGAUCGGUGUCUCGCCAGAGUAUUGCAGCACGCUCGGCUUCACCUGCAUCGCCACCUGCAAAUUUAAAUUACGAGGAGACACGGCCCGAGGACAAUUCGAAGAACUAUGUCUAUUCCGGGGACAAUUCUGUCGUCUCGAUCUUGCGCCUGCGAACAUCAGAUGCCAAUGAAUCGGUGGCGCGUGAGGUUGGGUCUGUUCUUGGCCUGCAAAAUACCUUUAACAAUUAUCCGUUUAUGGACUCCAAAACUCCUCUUGAAAGAUGGAGGUCGCUGUUGAGUGUAUUGCCUCAGAGAUCCGAGGUCCUGAAGUUCUUCCACUACUAUCAAGUCACAGCUUACCCAUUCAAUCCAAUUCUCGCUGAAAUGGACCGCUUUGAGUCUGACCUUUGUAAAUAUCUCAACGCUCACGCAGCUGGUGAACUGCGCGACCCGGAGAGAAUCACCGAUCGUUGGGCAACCGACAAGUCCAUUGGUCAUGUCAGCCUUCUAUUAGCGACAUUAGCAGCAGGGGCACAUUAUUCUGAUCUUGAAUAUCCACAACGACUUGAACUGUCAACAGACUUCGCUCGUCGAUCAUUCAAUGCUCUUCGCUUGGCCAACUUCCUGUUUCGGCCAUCUCUUGAUAUCAUCCAAGCUCUACUAAUUUUGGGAAAUACUAUGCAGAAUAUGGGACAGUCCGAUGCUGCCUGGGCGUUACUCGGGACGACAGUCCGGUUAGCUCAGACUAUGGGGUUGCACACUGAAAGAAGUACCGUUCAUUGGCCUGAGAAUGUGAGGACGAAGGCGAGGACUCUUUGGUCGACGGUAGUCUGGCAAGACAGUUUACUAUGCCUUUGCUAUGACCGACCGCCUAUCGUUUCCGUGACGGGGUGGCCUUUGCUGAACUCCUUUUACGAGAGACAAGACUUGUCCUACACAGAACUCAUGCACUUACUUUGCCGUCUCGGCCUCGAUAUAAUGCGACCGGAAAAUCUCGGGGUCGUUGAGGGCGAUCGAGCAUUGGAAGGGCUGCAGCGGCUCGACGAUGCUCACAAACGCGGCCUGCCUUACCUUCGAUCACGAGAAAAUUGCACAACACUCCAACAGAAUCUCGAAUAUUUGGCGUUCAGAAUGCAUACUUCAUUCUGUGUAUCGGUCCUUUGCCGGCCGGCAAUGAGGAAAGCCACCUCACAGCCGCCGUUUCCCCAUGCUGACAUUCUUCGGGCUCGCGCCAAGGGAAGUUUGAUUGAUGCAUCAAAAGCUUUCCUUGACUUUCAAGCUCUUAGCAUUGUUCCAUUGCGGAGCUGGUCGAUGGUACAUACUGUGCUGAGCUCGACUUUACUUCUUUGUAUCUGGGAAGAGACUCGCAACGACCCCGAAUGUCGCAGUCUUCAACAGAGAGUCAUUGACGUGUUCUUAUCAACUGAUUCAAGAACCUCUGAUGAUGGAGCUUCUAUAAAUGAAGGUGAUGGCCAGUGGCUGUCGACACGUCAUAUCCGAGCCUUGGUGACUUUACGAAGCGCACUGGAACGAGAGGAAGAGGCGGGUGCUGCCGAAGCAGUAAAUUGGGCGGAAAUAACCCAGAGCAUGUUGCCUCAGUUCGGAGCCGGACCAGAUGGGUUAAUGGACUUGCAAGAUCCGUUUGACUUUUCGCCUGUUACAUAUUUGGAUUCAAUAAUGAACGUUCCGAUGUUUGAUUAUACACAGGAAAGCGAGUUCCUAUGA